UCCAAUAGGAGCGCGCUCGGCUUGCUUGCAGUGACUUAGCGAACAGCAAGUUCAUAGUACUAUGUCAUGCGGACUGAAAGGCAAAGAUUCCACAUCCAGUGUCACGCUUCGUGCAAUUGACGUUAGAUAAAGUGUUAAUGUACAGUAUUCUUCAUAUCUGUUUGUUUUAUUUUAUCGUUUUCCUAUUUAACCAUCUGUGGCAGUUUGCUAUAUGUGAAUUUAUCUGAAAAAUAUAGUCGAGCCAAAUAACUCCCUUCCAGGAUCCAGUUGCAAAAAACAAGGGGGAUUUAUGGCAGCAGUGCACCUUGACUGUUACUCUGUUUUUCUCUGAGCAAAUCCAACGAGAUGUUCCCACACUUCAGAGACAGAAGCUGACAUCAACCUGCCCUUUCACAACUUUCUCUUCUCAGAUUCCUCCAGCACUUGUUUUAUUUUAAUCGUUCAGUUUCUAUAAUUUGAUAUCAAGGACACAAUACAAUCAUUGUGCCAAGUGGGAAAUAACUUUUCCUAGAAUCUCUUCAAAUUCCAGCAACAUGGACUAAAUGGUACCAGUUUACAGGGCUUGUGGCCCACUGUUGAAAGGAGGGCUUCAAACAUUGUGCACAGGUGAGACUGUCAGCAUUAUCAGGAAACAAUCUUGGUUUUCAUGCUGUAGAUGAAAGAACAGAAUGACCAUCCCUUUGGGCAGUUGUACCACAUAUUAACCGGAGGCAAAAAUCCCAGAGAAGAACUGCUGCCAAGCAUGAGCUCCCAGAAGGCACUGUGACAUGAGGGAACCAGGCGAAAAUAGUUAUGUAGAAAUCGCAACUCGCAACUUUCCAGUCCUUAUUGGACCGCCAGCUUCAAACAUCCAUAAAGCACAAAUAUAAAAAAAUUGAAAUAUAAUUUCCAGUUAGCUUAUUUAAUGUUUAUUGAAUAAUAGCAUGUAGUUUAUCCAGUAUGCACUUUUUACUUGGCAAUACGCACAAGCAAGUAAUUUGUCGAAUGUUUGAUUGAGUCUGACACAUGGCAAGUCAUUUUGUAUUACACUUAAUUGCAUUUAUUGUGAGGAGAGUCAAACCUACACAUUUUUUUAUGUGAGUAGACAUAAUCACCAUUGUUGACUUAGUGAAAAAUGGCAGAGUACAAUGUGCAGGUAGUAACUCCAGGAGAGAAUAUGACUCCAGUCUCUCUACCCCUGAACUGCUCUAACUGCAGUCAGGCAUCCGUGCCAGAACUCAACGUCACCAGGGCAGUGGCACUGGGCCUGGUACUGGGAAUCUUCAUCCUUUUUGGGGUGCUGGGAAACAUCCUAGUCAUCCUCUCAGUGGUCUGCCACAGGCACUUACGGACCGUCACCCACUUUCUCAUCGCCAACCUGGCGAUCGCCGACCUGCUGCUGAGUACCACCGUGCUGCCCUUCUCCGCCACCUUAGAGGUCCUGGGCCGCUGGGUGUUCGGCCGGCCCUUCUGCGCCAUGUGGGCGGCGAUGGACGUGCUGUGCUGCACGGCCUCCAUCAUGAGCCUGUGCAUAAUCUCAGUGGACCGCUACAUCGGGGUCAGCUACCCUCUGCGCUACCCGACCAUCGUGACCAAACGACGGGGCCUACUGGCACUGGUCUGCCUGUGGGCCCUCUCCACCACCAUCUCCAUCGCCCCGCUGUUCGGCUGGAAGGAGCCGGCGCCGGAGGACGAGACGGUCUGCAACAUAACGGAGGACCCGACCUACGUCAUCUUCUCCUCCGUGGUCUCCUUCUACCUGCCGUUGACCGUCAUCCUGGUGAUGUACUGCCGAGUGUACGUGGUGGCCCGGCGGGAGACGCGGAGCCUGAGGGAGGGCCGCAAGGAGGGGGAGGUGAUGCUUCGCAUACACCGGGGCAAUGCCGCCACCUCAGAGAAGGAGGCCAUGAACAGCCGUUCCAACCUCGCUCUGCGGCUGAUCAAGUUCUCCCGGCAGAAGAAAGCCGCAAAGACACUGGGCAUCGUGGUCGGCUGCUUCGUGCUCUGCUGGCUGCCGUUCUUCCUGGUGAUGCCCAUAGGCUCCGUGUUUCCAUCCUACAAAGCCCCAAACCUGGUCUUCAAAAUCACCUUCUGGCUGGGCUAUUUCAACAGCUGCAUCAACCCUAUGAUCUAUCCCUGCUCCAGCCAGGAGUUCAAGAAGGCCUUCCAGAACGUUCUUGGGAUUGGCUGCCGGAAAUGCAAAGCCCAGAACACCAAGCCAGGGCACCCGGGCAAGAGCCAGUGUAAUUUCCACACAUUGGGCCAGAAGGCCCAAGGUGGGGCAUCACGCCUCAGCCCCACCUCCAACACAGCCCUGUCACGCACACCCUCCCCCGGUGGUGGCAAGGACUGCAAAGCUUUUUCAGGGGCCUCGGGGGUAGGGGUGGGGCCAGACAAGAGAAAGACUGCACGGGCUCACAGCAAGAACCUGCUCAGAACCUGCUGCUGCAUCGGUGGGGACACACCCGCCCGGAGAGCCGCCCAGUCACAGUCACCCGGCCAAGGCACCGUGCCAAACAUCAAGAUCCACCAGCUCUCCCUGUCUGAGAACGGGGAGGCGGUGUAGCUGAGCGCUCAGGCUAAAGUCUCAUCUCUUUCAUACCCUGAAAGGUAUCCUGGGGCUAAUCCAAGGCAGUUACUGAAAACACAGGUUGGUGUUGGAGAGGCCUGAACCAGUAUCAUGCUUGGAGCUCUGGGUCCGUUCAAACACAGCCAGACUUUCCUCAGUUUGCUAACCCUUACCCCAGUGAGCCAAAGAACUGCAGAAUGGACAGAACUGUCAAACAGGGGAGCCGGAUAGAAUCUGCACAUCUGUAUUUUUGGGUGUUUGGCCUGAUGGGUGAAUCUGUUGAGCUAGCACAGAGGAAUGGCCAACACAGGGAGAGAACACUGGAUGGGAUUCGUAGGCAUUCCAGGUUGCCAACCACUCCUGCCACUUUGAUCUAUUUAAUAAACGAUUGAAGUGCUGCAGGCACUUGAUACACUUUCUGAGAUAUCAAUGCCAAAUGUUUGAUGGUCAUAAAUAACCAUCUGAAGGAUACAGUCAAUAAGCAAUGAACGAUAACACUGUAAAUAUGCAAACUGGCAAAACCUUGUUUUUCAGUAUCUAUUCUUCAAAACAAGUUUUUGCCCGCUGUAAAACAGUUCAUUGCUUUCUGUAAAUCCUGUAAGUCCUGAUUUGCUUUGCAAAUCAAGCAGUAAAUUACACUUCUUUAAGGAUAAGACUGGCAUAUUGAUUUGGGUUAGCACAGGACUGGGAAAUUUCGUUCUACAUGGAAUACAACCGGUAUCUGAGGGUGAGGCUGGAAGUAAAUUCGUAGCUCUUGUUUCAGAACUGUCUUCAAACUCAAAACAAGUGACUCCGCCCCCAAGGCCAGAGUGAUAUAUAGAUUCCAUACUUUAAGCAGCAGAGGACUCUCUGUAAAUAUAAUGAAGAAGCAGAGCAUACGCUAUAGGAAGAUCCCCAUUGCUAUAUGGACUCUUUAAAAAAGAAAAAAAAAAGCUUGUGUUGUUCUGGUUUCAGUGAGAAUUAAUGGACGAAUGGCUGAAAUUGUUAAGAAUUCUGACGGUGUAAAAGGUAAAAUUAAGUGGAUUUUUU